AUGCUCUCGAAGAACCUGUACCAACAAGUUGGGCUGGUGAACGGCAUUAGAGGCGAAGUCGUCGAGUUGGUGUGCGCAGAUGAUGCGCCCCCGCCGAAGCUCCCCCUUUACGUUGUCGUCAAGUUUGAAGGGUACUCGGGGGGGGAAUGGUCGUCUCAGGAGAGGUAUAGACGUUGUGUCCCUAUUUCUCCCGUCGACACCACCUGGCAGGACGGGGGGACGCAGGUCAGGACGCAGCUGCCCCUUAGGCUCUGCUGGGCAAUUACGAUGCACAAGUCCCAGGGGCAGACUUUAGCCAAGGCCGUCAUUGACUUGGGGCCCAAGGAGGCCUGCACGGGGCUUACUUUCGUCUGUCUCAGUAGGGCGAAGAGACUUGUGGACCUCAUGGUAGAGCCCAUGAGUUUCGACAGGAUUGGUAACCUUGGAAAUUCGCCGACGAUGAAGGCUAGGCUGCAGGAAGAGGUUAGACUUGGGGAGUUAGCACAGAGUACGAGGGUCAAGUACACGGACAUGGGCGUCUUCAGCGCCGUCGCGGACGCUCUUGGACGAUCCCAGCCACAUGGAGCGAAUACUGGCGUCCAUGGCGGAGCUCGCGCCGCCCAUUGCGCCGUUGGAAGGGUGUUCAAAUUGGCCGUCAGCCACCACUGUGCCCUUCGCACGUCGAACAUCGUGAGGGCGAUGAAGUUCUACUCCCUGCUAGGCAUGAAUGAGGUCAUCUCCCUACCCCGUCGAGGAUCAACUCCGACUUUUUCUUCUGUCAUCGAUGUGCAGCUCGACGUAGCGAAGCCGGGUGUUUGGUGCUCCUCGCCAAGGCCGUGGUGGGACCUGUGUCUGACACGGACCACGCCCCAUCCCCGGUGGCUACCGUCGUCUUCCUUUUUGCUGCUGUCGAUACCGAACGCGCGAUGGUCGCUUUCUAACGCGGGCCAGGCGGCGCGGUUCAGGGCGGGGAACGCGAGAUGCGCAUUUUUUGAGGGUGCGGGCAUGCGGCUAGAGCUGAUCGAGAGCGAACCCCACCCUACAACACGAAUCGGACACCUCCGUCACUCUUCGGGAGGCGAAUACCCCAGUCAACGCCCCCUGCAAGCACUGUCCAACCUAUCCCAGAAGUGUAAUCUCACCAUUUCCCUCGUCAAUUUAUUGCGUCUGGAUGACAAGGCCGUGGACCUUGCGGCCGACAUGAGGACGACGGGCCUCAACCACAUGGCCUUCGACGUUGGGCCGGCUAUCGAGGCGGAGGGUCUGGACGGCAUGAAGGGGUUCUUGUCGGAGUUGAAUCGGCAGAGCGAGGACGCUUUCGGCAUGAGUGUGCGAUUGGUCGUCAGUCCGUACGAGCAGCGGAUCGGCCAGGAGAUUUUCGAUCUAGCGUUCGUGAUGGACGCCGACGGGGUGCUCCUGGAGCUGGUGCACAAGAAGGACACCCUCGAUAUCGAUAUGCCUCAGGCUUGGUGACCUACCCACCUGCCGCCACUCCAGCAACCGUAGCCCUGACGGUGGGUCGUGAUUUGGCGUGCCCCCUCCGCCCCGACCCAAUGGGACACGUUUUGACACCCAUCCCCACUUGCUCUGCAGUGAGUGAACGAAGGGUUCGAAGCCGCGCCCGGAGGGGAAGCUCUUGUGGCGGUGGAGGGGGACUCCUGAACAUAGAGUUUGACGUUUCUAACGCGGCCGCUUCGAGAGCGGUGAGUGGCGUCGAUCGAUGACGCAGUGACACGCUCCCGGCCGACGUCUUGGAAGAUGCGAGCAGCAGAAAGACCUAGAAAAUCAUGGUGGGAGGCGUUUGGGUCGGGAGGGUUUCUUCAAGAGCUUCCCUCGCCCUGCUCUCGCAAAGCUUGCCUACCAUUCCACGGCAACAGCGCACGCUGUCAGUUUGCACACUCUGUUGAAGGGUUUUUCGAAACAAUUUUUUUUUGGCUACUUCUGAAAUUACACUUACUAGAGUGCCAGGGUGAUCAUCCGCCGGAAGGGGAUGUCGUAGUGACAGUGCGGUCGGUGCGGGCUUUAGGAGGAAUACCAAAUACACGACGAUCGUGUCAUACGUAUUCCGUUUGUUCUCAAAUCGCCCUCCUCGGGGGCAGUAGUUUCUCAAAAGCGUUUCGAAGACUUCAGCCAUGGUUGGUCGUGGAAUGGGAGGCUCGGGGGGAUACCCAUGUUAGCGUGCACUUUAUUUGCCUCUCGCGAGACUCAGAUCGGCCACAGUUGGUGUUUUUUAUACCUCCAUCAAUAGUAGAUAAAAUAUGUGCAGACGACGAGUUAACGUUCUAUGGUGGCCUUGGCAGGCUUUGGAGGGGGUAUUGUAACAUCGCUACCCCUGCCGUUUCGAAGAUUCUGAUUUUGGGCAUGACGUGUCUGCGUUUGGGCUUUCGUGACGGUUUCAAGAAACGCUACCGUUGGUGUUCCCGUCAAGAGGGGUUGUGCGUUGCAUACAAUGCCAGUGGUUGCACAGCUUUUGUGGUCAUCUUCCCGGUCUUACCCUGUUGUAGAUAAGAGUCCGUUUCUUUCCUUCGCUCCCUCGCUGUUUUUUCGAAUUUCUCGGCUAGAAAGACCACGCACGAGAAGAGAAGUGACGUGGGUUAAGAGACAAGACAGGCCAGAAAGUGGUGCCGUUUGCCGAGAUAUCUCGGACAUGCACGAAGUCUGGGUUGGAUAUUUUGGGCGAGGAGGUGCUUCGCUGGUGUGUUGAUAAAAUAGAAAGAAUGAGAGGGCAGCAACAUUUUUUUUUGGUUUCGGUUGAAAGAAUAGCAAAGGUGAGUGUGUAGCUCCACCACCUGGGUCGGUCUAGGCAGGACUGGUAUGGCUAUUAGAAGGUGUAAGAUAAUGUUGUUCGGUGCGUGUUUUUGUGAUGGACAUGGCAUUUCCGUUGACUCAAAAAUGCAGAGACUACAGUUUCACGCCGUUCACACUGGACGCCGUUGGGGUAAGGGGUUUGCCGAGCCAGUCACUCACGGGAAUGGCGUCAUGCGCGUUGGAGGGUGCCAGACACAAAAGCGUUGCCGGGCGCCAUGUUUUAGGCUACCACUAGCUCUAGUGUUUGUUGGGGCUAAGAGUUGAACUCCAAGGGGUUGUGGGUGCUAAGAGUUAAGAGAUUGGCAACGCAGCUUGCCUCAGACAACCGUGCUAGUCAACCAAGAGAUUCUCGUGUUGAGGCUUCCACUAGCUCCAGGGUAGUGGGGACUAAGACUUCAGAAAUAUCCGGGAUGAAGGGUAUCCUGGUGCUUCCGACGCGCUGUUGUUUUCGGCUUUUGAGGCUUCUUUGUCGAAACGUUUCAAGAACUACAAGCAUGUUUGGAGUGUGAGGCUCAACACAAAGAAGGCUUCUGCCGAUGGUAAAAGAGACAUGUCAAGAGAACUGCGACGUGACGAAGUUUGGCCUGGACC